GGUGUACUUUGCAUUCAGGAAUACAGAAAAAACAGCAAAGUGGAGUCAAGUACACGUAACAGCUUCAUGGGCUUGAAGGAUCACCUGGGGCAUGACCUCGGCCACCUGUAUGUGGAGAACACUGACCCACAGUUAAGUGCAGCUGUACCUUGGCCAAUGAUAGAAAAAUCAACAAUGGAUACAGUUAAUGCCGGGAAGGAGGAAAAAGAGAUAUCUGAAGAGAAUGUGAGCUCUGGUGACUCUGAAGAAAGCACAAAUUCUGAUCAUGAGUCAGAACAAUUGAAUAGCAUUUCAGUAGAGCCAUGCUUGUUAACCAAGACUCACAGACAAUUAUGUAGGUCUCCCUGCUUAGAGCCUCACCUACUCAAACACAAUGAAAUUUUGCAAGACUUUAAACCUGAAGAGUCCCAGACUCCGUCCAAGGAAGUGAAGAAACCCCCUGAUGUGGUGCGAGAAUACCAAACAAAACUGGAGUUUGCACUUAAGUUGGGUUAUUCUGAAGAACAGGUUCAGCUUGUAUUAAACAAACUUGGUACUGAUGCUUUAAUCAAUGAUAUUUUGGGAGAACUUGUCAAACUGGGAAAUAAAAGUGAGGCUGAUCAAACAGUUAGUACAAUUAACACUAUAAUGCGGGAAACUUCUUCCCUGGAAUCUCAGAGGUCUGAAUCGCCAAUGCAAGAGAUUGUAACAGAUGAUGGUGAAAAUCUAAGACCAGUUGUUAUUGAUGGCAGCAAUGUGGCAAUGAGCCAUGGAAACAAAGAAGUAUUUUCCUGCCGAGGAAUAAAAUUGGCAGUGGAUUGGUUUUUGGAAAGAGGCCAUAAAGAUAUUACAGUUUUUGUUCCUGCUUGGAGAAAAGAGCAAUCCCGACCUGAUGCUCUCAUUACAGAUCAGGAAAUUUUACGCAAAUUGGAAAAGGAGAAAAUCCUGGUGUUCACACCAUCCCGGCGAGUCCAGGGAAGACGAGUGGUGUGCUAUGAUGACAGGUUCAUUGUGAAGCUUGCUUUUGAGUCAGAUGGUAUAAUUGUGUCCAAUGAUAACUACAGGGAUUUGGCUAAUGAAAAACCAGAAUGGAAGAAGUUCAUAGAUGAGCGGUUAUUAAUGUAUUCCUUUGUCAAUGACAAGUUUAUGCCCCCUGAUGACCCUCUUGGCAGACAUGGCCCAAGUCUGGAUAAUUUUCUGAGGAAGAAACCUAUUGUUCCUGAACACAAAAAGCAGCCUUGUCCAUAUGGAAAGAAGUGUACCUAUGGACACAAGUGCAAAUAUUACCAUCCCGAAAGGGGCAGUCAGCCUCAGCGGUCAGUGGCUGAUGAACUUCGUGCCAUGUCUAGAAAUACAGCAGCCAAAACUGCAAAUGAAGGAGGACUGGUGAAAAGCAACAGUGUUCCUUGUAGCACAAAGGCUGAUAGCACUUCUGACGUCAAACGAGGUGCUCCAAAGAGGCAAUCAGAUCCAAGCAUAAGGACUCAAGUCUACCAAGACCUAGAAGAAAAGCUUCCCACCAAAAACAAAUUGGAAACCAGGUCUGUACCUUCCUUAGUUAGUAUACCGGCUACUUCUACUGCAAAACCCCAAAGCACUACAUCUUUAAGCAAUGGCCUUCCAUCUGGAGUUCAUUUCCCACCUCAGGAUCAAAGACCACAGGGACAAUAUCCUCCAAUGAUGAUGGCAACCAAAAAUCAUGGAACGCCAAUGCCUUAUGAACAGUAUCCAAAAUGUGACUCACCUGUUGACAUUGGAUAUUAUUCCAUGUUAAAUGCAUAUUCAAAUCUGAGUAUCUCAGGCCCAAGAAGUCCUGAAAGGCGUUUCUCAUUAGACACAGACUAUAGAAUAAGUUCUGUAGCUUCUGACUGCAGCAGUGAAGGGAGCAUGAGCUGCGGGAGUAGUGACUCCUAUGUGGGGUACAAUGACCGAUCCUAUGUCAGUUCUCCUGACCCCCAGCUGGAAGAGAAUUUGAAGUGUCAACACAUGCACCCUCACAGCCGCCUUAAUUCCCAGCCUUUCCUGCAGAAUUUCCACGACCCCUUAACCAGAGUGCAAAGUUACAGUCAUGAAGAACCAAAGUUCCAUCACAAGCCUCCUCUUCCACACUUGGCUAUGCAUCUGCAGCACCCUGCUGUGGGUGCCCGGUCUAGCUGUCCUGGUGAUUACCCCUCUCCUCCAAGUUCAGCACACUCGAAGGCACCACACCUAGGAAGGUCCCUAAUGGCUACCAGAAUAGACAGCAUUUCUGAUUCCAGACUCUAUGACAGUUCUCCUUCAAGACAAAGAAAGCCUUACUCCCGUCAGGAAGGGUUGGGAAGCUGGGAUAGGCCGAGUUUCGGAAUGGAUGCCUAUGGGUAUCGGCAGACUUAUUCCUUGCCUGAUAACUCUACACCACCGUGUUACGAGCAGUUCACCUUCCAGAGCCUACCUGAACAGCAGGAGCCCACCUGGAGAAUACCAUACUGUGGAAUACCACAAGAUCCUCCAAGGUACCAAGACAACCGGGAAAAGAUUUAUAUCAACUUGUGCAACAUCUUCCCACCUGACCUUGUGAGAAUUGUCAUGAAAAGAAAUCCUCACAUGACAGAUGCCCAGCAGCUUGCUGCAGCCAUUUUAGUGGAGAAAUCACAGCUGGGUUAUUGAAAGAUGAUGCAUCAUUGUGGUGUUUAGUAGUUUUUUGUUCAGCUCAAAUGCUGAGGGAGGUUUGCUACAAUAGCACAUGUGAUCUCCUUCUCAGCAAGGAGGUUAUAUAGUAUCCAUUUAUGUGAAAUACUGUAUCAUGGAAUCUGUAUGUAUAGCCCCACUUGGUGGAAGUAUCACGGGAUUGCUUUACAUUCAAACUUUUUUUUAAACAUUUCCUUUUUAAAGCUAUAUCCUUGGCUGGAAAAUUUUCCAGUUUGAUUUAAUAGAUGUAUCUGUGAUCUUUGAUAUUAAUCUUUGGUGCAUCAGGGGUUUAUAUGCAGCACUUUUUAUCUUUGUUUCAUGUUUUAUUAACUUGGUGUUUAUCUAUCAAUCGCAAGCAAUUAUAAUACCUUCAGAAUGUGGAAACUUUGACUAGACCUAGCAAACUAUUUUUUCAAGCGAAGCUUAAUUAGAAUCUUUUACAGCUUUUUAAGUUAUUUUUAUUUGGGGAAAGUGGGCUUCUUUGUGCUAUAAUCAUUAUUUAUAGAAACAAAGAUAUACUACAGCACUGACUUUAUAUUUUAGACAAAAUGUAAGUUACCGGUUUAUGUUGAAAAGGGUAACAGUAUAUAUUAGAAUGAUUUACAAUAUGGCACUUUUCACUGUUGUAUUUUUGUUUGGAUUUUUUCUGUUAAGAAUUAGUUAACUUAAUAUGGUCAGUUUAAAAGAAAGCAGAUGCAAUCGAUGGAAAAAUCAUUUCCAUUUUUUUAUUUUUAUUUUUUUAUGAAUAAGGCAAAAGCCGUAACUGUUACAGGUUAGAGCUUUGUUAUCCAGCUAUGAUGUGCUUCUAGACAGUAGGAAUGGAAUUGAAUUCCUCGAUUUCCAUUAACCCGUAUUUUUAAUGUCUGUCUAUUUGUUUGGGGGGCACAGCAAUACUGGAUAAAUAACCCUUUCACAGUACUUGCCUGUUUUUAAUGAAUCUAAUUAUUCUCAGUGCAACUUUUAUAUUUAAUAUACUCUAGCUUUCCUGCUAUUUAUCAAGGCUGGCCUGAGGUGGUUUUAUGUGUUGAGGAUAUGCAACAUUUAUUGAUACUGCACUAUAGAAGUGGUGAUGGAGGAGUGUAAAUGGUAACUUAAAAUUUUUGUAAGAUACUGUAUAUUUUCCAUUUCCUGAAGGUAGUUUUUUUGGGGGGCCUGUUAUAUUAUUAAGGCCAGACUCUUGCCACAAAUAGUGUAGUUUUAGAUACAGACUAAAGUCUGUUCUAGUAUUAGUAAGGGAUAUUUCUGGUUUCAAAGUCAUGGGUUUUGCUUGUUGCAGUUACAUUUCUAUGGACUAGAAGAUAGAUUUUGCAGUCAGCGGCAGUCAGUCAUGUGAUUGACAUAACUUGACUGUUCCCUCCAGAUUCUGGAUUUUACUUAGUGUAGCAGACACAUUCAGAUCUAUUACUACAGUCUGCCUGGAUGCUCUGGUCAUUGGGAUUAUUCUACAUGCCAUAGUUUGAAGUAAAGCCCUGAAAAACCAGAAAGUACCUUUUACUGUUGAUACAAAUUGUAUCUUUUUAACUAUAAGAACUAUUUUGAUUUGUAGAUCUAGUAAAAAACACAAAUGUGUAACUAUGAUUAGACUUUUGGGCAACAUUUUAUCCCUUAUUUAAAUACAAAUUUUUAAAGUAAAAUUGAGGUCUAGAAUAGGGUAGAAAAUAAAAGUAACAAUUUAGGUAAAUAAAAGUGUCUGUCUUAGUUUUAUAUUAUAUAUUAAAAUAUAUUAAAUAAAUUUAUUGGCAUUUUCUUUCUCCUAAAACUUAUAUAGUCUGAACUUAAAAUAAAGGUAAAAUGCUGCCUGAAAAUAAUGUCCAAGCAUCUUUGACUAGGAUAACAUUUUCACUACUUGUGUGACACUGUGUGUUGCAUGAAGUAGGAUUUGGGUAUACAGUAAAUGCUUCUAAAAGGCAUUGUGCAUUAUUGACAUAUCCAAUAAUCUGAACCAUGUUCAGCAAACUUAAUUCAGGAAAGUGAUGUUCUACACAAUUAUUGCUGUUGUGUUUGAAGUGAGUGUGGCAUGCAUCUGUACCCAAAAGUAAUGCAGGUGACGCCACACAGACCAUUUUGAGUGGUGUCUGAGCAACCCGUACUCACUUGUGAAGUUGUUUUCCUUGAUUUUGUCAGUCAUUAUCUACAGAACAAGUUUAAAUACAGAGGCUAAAUGCGUGCCAAAAGUAGGGUUACAGAUGUGUAGUAUGUUUUAUGUUAGUCAUAAUCUAAGAUUAUAUAGUAUAAAAAUCACUUUUAAAUUAUUCUUAUAGGUUUUGCUUCCAUUUUCUUUGUAGCAUUUUAAUUAUUUGAAGAUAGCCAAAUAUUACUAAAUUGUUUUAAAUGAGAUUUUAGGUGAAAUGGAUAUAACUUUUUAAAUUUGACCUUUUAAUAUUUUUAGCUGGCUAUUUGUCAUGAUUGUUUUGGGAAAAUAAUGUACCCUGCCAUCACUUGUACUGAAGUGAGUAGCCCUGAACUACCCACAAAUCUUCCAGUAUAAUUACUUGUAAAAAAUAGCCAUUUUCUCGGGGCUGGAGUUGUGGCUCAGCAGCGGAGCACUUGCCUAGCAUGUGUG